UAGUUCACUGACAUUUCUCGUACGCCAGAAAAAGUGGUAUUUUUUAAUCUCUUGUUUUUAUUAGUAUUUUUCCCUUUUUCCUGCAAAAGUUAUUCGUCCGCAAUCGCAAGAAAUGUCCGAGGUGACGAGUGAGGAUCAGGAAACUGAAACGGAGAGCUGUGCUGAGGAUGAUGUUGAGCCCAAACUCAAGUACAUUCGAAUGUCAAAUGAUCUACAGAACAUCCUCAACAAGGACACCAUCAGCUGCAUUGCUGUACAUUCAAAGUUCCUCUGCAUCGGGACACAUUGGGGCGAAGUUCAUCUGUUGGACCAUCAAGGCAAUACGGUGAGUCAGAAGGCAAAUGUUCCCCACCACAUGGUGGCUGUUAAUCAGAUUUCAGUGGACGGAAAGGGCGAAUAUAUUGGUACUUGCUCUGACGAUGGCAUGGUCAUCAUCAGUGGUCUGUGCACAGAAGACAACAAUCAAAAAAUAAAUAUUGGAAGGGCAGUGAGGAGUAUCAGUUUAGAUCCACUUUAUCACAAAUCCGGAUCUGGGAGAAAAUUCAUCGUGGGCGACAAUAAGCUCAGUCUCUACGAAAAGACCUUCCUCAAGAGUCUCAAGGCGACAGUUCUCAGUGAAUCAGAGGGGAAUGUCUCAUCAAUGGCAUGGAAUAAUCAGUUCGUGGCCUGGGCUAGUGCUCUGGGCGUGAGAGUGUACGAUUUGAGUGAAAGAUGCUCUUUGGGACUCAUUAGAUGGGAACAACCAAAAUCCCUCUCACUCAGUGACUUCCGGUGCAACCUGCGAUGGUCCAACUCAACCACCCUCCUCAUCGGCUGGGUGGACACCAUCCGGAUCUGUGUGAUCCGCAAGAGGAACAGCAUAGAGGUUUCCACGAGAGAUUUACCCGGAUUCAUCGUAGAUCCUGUAUCAACAUUCCAGACGGAUUUCUUUGUGUGCGGUCUUGCUCCGCUCGAGGCCAAUCAAUUGGUCGUCCUGGGAGUUCCCAAAGAACGAGAUUUGGAAAACAACAAAUCUCUGAGGCCCAUUCUCAGUGUCCUGCUCUACAAAACCUGUGACUACGUGGAGAUUUGUACAGAUAGUCUCUCUCUGAGAGGGUACCAAGAAUUCCAUUGCAAUGAUUACUCCUUGGACUGCCUCAUCGAAGAGAAUCAAUAUUUCAUAGUAUCACCAAAGGAUAUCGUCGUGGCCAGUACUUAUGAACACGAUGAUCGGAUUCAAUGGCUCAUUGAGCAUGGACGCUUCGAGCAGGCAAUGGAUGUGAUAUCGGUUCAUGGAGGGCGGUAUUCGUUGGUGAGUGUGGCGCGUCUCUAUUUGGAUCAUUUACUUACGCUCGGCCUCUACGAGGAUGCCGCCAAGCUCUGUCUGCGGGCUUUUGGUAAUGAUAAGUUGCUGUGGGAGGAGGAAGUUUAUAAAUUCGUCAAGGUGCAGCAGCUCAGGGCUGUAAGCAUGUAUCUGCCCAGGAGUAUCGAUUGCAAACUCAAUCCCCAUGUCUACGAAAUGGUUCUCUAUGAAUAUCUUAAACUUGAACCGCCGGGCUUUCUGGCACUGAUCAAAGAAUGGCACCCAAUGCUAUACAAUACUUCUGCUGUGAUAAAUGCCAUUCAGGAUCACUACAAUGAGAAAGAUAAGAAUGUCCUGCUAGAAUCCCUGGCAAUACUCUAUUCGCACGAAAAGAAGUACGAAAAGGCUUUGGCCAUGUACUUGAAACUUCAGCAUAAAGAUGUCUUUGCGCUGAUUAAGAAGCACGAUCUGUAUUCGGUGAUACAUCGAAUGAUUGUGGCACUGAUGCAAUUGGACACAGAAAAGGCAAUUGCCAUGUUGCUGGAGAAGAAUAAAAUAUCACCGGAUGUUGUGGUGGCUCAAUUGGAGACAAGAGAAGACUUUUUGUAUUUAUAUUUGGAUGCAUUGGAUCGGGUAGAUCCCAGUGGGAAAUUUCAUUGGAAAAUUGUAGGACUGUAUGCAAAGUAUGCAAGAGAAAAGUUAUUGCCAUUUCUCAAGAGAUCCAAUAAGUAUCCCAUUCAGGAGGCUUAUGAUAUCUGCAAGGAAAAACUUUACUAUCCGGAAAUGGUAUUUUUGCUGGGACGAAUGGGGAAUACAAGGGAGGCCCUGUCAAUUCUUUUGCACAAAUUGGAAAAUGUUCAAUUGGGAAUUGAAUUUUGCAAAGAGAAUGAUGACAUGGAUCUCUGGAAUGAUCUCAUCAAUGAGUCCCUGGAUAAGCCACAUGUCAUGACCAAGUUACUGGAUGGAAUUGCUGGCUAUAUUAAUCCAGAACUGCUAGUUAGUAAAAUUAAGCUUGGCCAGAAAAUUCCAGGACUCAAAAAAUCCCUCAUAAAGACACUCAAAGACUACAGCCUUCAGGUAACAAUUCAGGAUGGUUGCAAUCAAAUCCUCGUGACGGACUAUUUCAAUCUGCAUGAGAAGCUGUACAGGACCCAGCAGAAAGCCAUUCAUAUUUCCAAUGAUUUCCAAUGUGGAAUGUGUCGACGGAGUAUCCUGGCCAAAGAGUCAUCCCUCUACAAUAGUUCACAGUCCAAUGGGAAACACGAUAUUGUAGCAUUCAACUGUCGGCAUGUAUUCCACGAGAAUUGCCUGCCGGACAAGUACGUGGAAUUUUGCACAGUUUGCAAAUCAUCAAAGAAAUAAUGCCAUUUUUUUCUACACCGUGAUCAACUCCUGCGCGAGUCUUCUGCUAGCUAGCUGAAAAUCCUUCCCAUGUUUUUUUUUGUUUAUUUCUUUCGAUGUAAAAUGUAUUAUUUCUGUUGCUAUUUUAAAUGAGGAGGAAGUGUUUCUUUUUUUUGUAUGGCAAUAAAUAGUCACCAUUUUAAA